GAUACUGACCACAUAACUAAAAUACGCUUAAAGCUACCUCAAUCACUUUAACAUACACUUUGACCAUCAUUCGCACUCAAAUUGAGGUCUUUCUGAAGACCCUGUGCUCCAACUUCUGCCUUCAGUAUACUCAUGCCGAUCGUUCUCACAAGCCUUCCUCAGGUUUCAGCCGGACUUGCUCAUAUAUUCACCACAUUACUGUCUUCUUGCUAUGUUGGUUCUAUCUACGCAUCUAAAGAGGCUCGGUUGCAAUUCUCUUCAAACAAUCUUAGAAUACAGGCAGGGCACAUUCGGAACAAGGAACGUGAUGAACGAUGGAGAGAUGACCCAGACGUCAUUAGAGCUCGUCUGGUAGCUGUCAGUCUUGCGACGUUAACAUGUUGCAUGAUUAUUUUCUGCCUAUUCUGGUAUCUCGUGGGUGGAGAAGCUAAAUUCAUUUCACUCGCUAUUCGUGAAACGUUAACCCACCUGGGUCUCCGCUUCAACGAUGUAUCCAUUUACCCUUACCUUGUAACACCGUUACUAUUUUUGGGACCACUCUAUGCACUAUUCCUUUCAGAAUCGUUACCAUUUCAACGUUCCUGGUCAUUCAACAAAGAUGUCUUCCCAAUUUUCUUCUCCGUCAAAGGACUGCGCAAUUAUAUUAUCGCUCCUAUUACCGAGGAAGUAGUGUUUCGUGCCUGUAUCCUGACAGUAUACCACUUAUCGCACGCAACAAGGAAUAAGAUGAUUUUCCUGAGUCCGUUAUCUUUCGGUGCUGCGCACCUACACCACGCGUGGGACACAUACAAUCGUUAUGGACGAUCUUCCGCAGCACUAAAACGUGCUGUUGUUUCUACAUUGUUUCAGUUCACAUAUACCAGCAUAUUUGGAUUUUACUGCUCUUAUCUUUUCAUCCGUACAAGCUCCGUUUUUCCGCCUAUUGUCGCCCAUAUCUUCUGCAAUAUCAUGGGCGUUCCACAACCAGGUUUCGAGAUAAGGCAAAGUCCGAACAGGAAAUGGCCAAUCGUAUUUGCUUACCUGGCAGGUAUUGUAGCAUUCACUUUCACGCUUGGACCUUGGACACACAUGGAAGGAAGUUUGUACUGGAAAUGAAUGGAGAUAAUGGAACCCGGUGCAUUAUCAUCACUGUAGUUUUUCUAUAUGGGUGUACUGUCAUACGGUACCUCAGCGGCGUGUUAAUGAUGGCUGAUUGUUCGGAGACGCGACAUUCGUUUGUUUAAUUAUCCUCAAAGACCCUAUGUCCUUAUCUGUUGAUACUGAAG